AUGGAGAAUAUCAAAGACCACACUGCCACCAACGGUACCAUCCCAAAUGGCGCCGGGCACACCGCUGCCAACAGUGACCACCACCGCCUUCCCCCCACCUACACCAGCCCGAACAAAGUCGGCCUAACCAGCCCCCUUGUGGACGAACACCCAACGCCACUCAAGAUCAUCAUCGUCGGUGCAGGAAUAGGCGGUCUCUCCGCAGCCUUGAGCCUACGUCGCAACGGACAUCAUCUCUACGAACAAUCCCGCUUCGCCAACGAGACUGGCGCGGCCGUCCACCUCUCCCCCAAUAGCAACGCCGUCCUCCGGCGCUGGGGCAUCCUAGCCGAGUCCUUCGGCGCCGUCCCCAAUGCCCGUGUCCAGGAGCGCAGCCACCUGGGCAAGAUCAUCAAGGAUGUCGACUGCGCUGGCCCCACCAGCAGGCAGUGGGCGCACCCUUGGCUGCUCUGUCACCGCGUCAGCCUGCACGAGAAGCUCAAGGCGCUGGUGACGGAGGAGGAAGGCGAGGGGCCGCCGGCGGUCCUGCAUACCUCUUGCAAGGUGGCUGCUGUGGAUCCUCGGAAGGCUGAGGUGACGCUGGUCGAUGGGAGGACGAUUACUGGCGAUGUUGUGUUGGGGGCGGAUGGGGUUUACUCCAAGACGAGGGCAUGUAUCAAAGAUGUGAAGCUGUUUGGCUCGGGCAAGGCUGCUUUCCGGUUCCUGGUACCGCGAAAGGCGUGUCUUGAUGAUCCUCUCUGCAAGCCCCUUGCAGAGAUGCUCGACACCCUCAUUAUAUGGUUUGGCUCGGACAGGAGGGUUGUUAUGUAUCCCUGCAAUGACAAUGAGCUGCUUAAUUUCGUGUGCAUUCACCCCGAUACCGAGUCUCAUGCCACUGGCAGCGAUGAGUGGGACAAGAAGGGCGACCUCGAACAGAUCCUGAAAGUCUACAACGGCUUCGACCCGGCGUGCCUGGCCUUCAUCACAAAAGUCUACCCCCCACAAAUCAGCGUAUGGAAGCUCAUGGACAUGGAGCAGCUGCCGACCUGGACCAUAGAGAAACUCGCCCUUCUCGGCGACGCCGCGCAUCCUUUUACACCUCACCAGGGACAGGGAGCAGGUCAGGCCAUCGAGGAUGCUGCCUCGCUCUCCAUUGUGCUGCCUCGAGGUACGCCUCCAGACGAGAUUCCUCAGAGGCUGAAAUUGUACGAGGAGAUCAGGUACACACGCGCACACACCAUUCAGCAGUACUCGCGCGAUGCCGGCACGGACUGGGUAGAUGGGAAGCCGCAGACCGACAUGAUGGCAUACACAGCAUACAACUUUGGCCACGACGAGAUAGACCACUCAAAAAACAUCUACAAGCGCUGGAAGUGGUCGCAAAAGCCCAACAUGUACUGGCGCAUGCCCAUAGGCUUUGGUCCCUUUCCCGGACCCCGCCAGGAUGCAUACGGCCGCGCUCUCCAGGAUGGCCUGCAGAGGACGUUUUCAACUGUUUCAGUCAAGUUCAAGACGUCUAGAACCUACCUGCAGACGCUGUUCCCGACGGCCCAGUUUCGCUUCAAAGACCCAGCCACGGUGUGCCAGGCUUCUAUUUCUGUUACCGAGCUGGACAACAUGCAGUGGCUGGGUGGCAAGGGAUAUCGGCAUCUGGGUUUGUACAUUCAUGGCGUCGAGUAUGUGAAGAAGGACGGCAGCUCGCUCGCUGGUACACACAUGGCGGUGCUGUUCGAAUCGCUUACGGAUCCCAUCGUUUCUGGGAGGGAGGAGCUCGGUAUGCCCAAGCUGUUCUGCGACAUUGACAUAGAGCGCGGGGAUGCGUCGGUUCGCGUAGCUGCGAGCUGGCGAGGGGCCAAGUUCCUGGAGAUGAACCUCGGAGGCCUGCAGGAGGACGAUGUCUCGAGUGAGGCUGGCACUAUUGGAGGCGAGGAUGACUAUGGUAUCCUGGUGUAUCGGUACAUCCCUGCCGUAGGGGAGCCUGGCAAGGCGGAUGCCGAGUAUGCGAUUGUGGUGCCGCAUGAGGAGGAGCAGCCCAAGGGGACGGUGAAGAGGGUGAUGAGGACGAGUGUGGGUGCGGACAUCAAGAUUCAGGGGCUGGAUUGGACACAGUUGCCCACGCUUCAUCAUGUCGCGAGCGCGCUGGCUGAAAUUCCCAUCUAUGAGGUGGUGAGCGCCAAGGUGGUGGAAGGGUCGGGUGUGCCUGAUGUGAGCGCUGCCAGGAGGAUCGAGUAG